AUGGCGGAUCGACUGCUGAAGAAGAUCCUGCUGAACAAACGCUUGGUCACACAUUCCUUGUGCUAUCUUAGCACAUCAAUCUGGGAGCCCGGUCGGGAGCAGCCCACCUUCUUCAGUGAGGGGUACGUGGAUGGUUAUCUCACUGGUUUGUAUGAUCACAACACAAGAAGCGUUUUGCUUAAAACCUUCUGGUUGAAGAAGUGUGAAGAGGAUAAUCCUCAGCUGUGGGACUUGUUCACCCAGCGGGCACAGACUGAUGAGUUGUUGUUCAUAAGGGACGUGAUGAGCCUGCAGAAAUACUACAACCAGAGCGGGGGGAUUCACAUUCUGCAGAGAAUGAUUGGCUGUGAGUUGCAUGAGGAUGGGAGGAAGGUAGGGUAUAAUCAGUAUGGCUACAAUGGAAGGGACUUCAUCAGCUUCGACAAGGAGACCCUCACCUUCACAGCAGCCGAUGCCCAAGCACAAGUGACAAAGAGGAAGUGGGAUACUGACUUGGCCCGUUCCGAAUACUUUAAGUCCUACCUGGAUAAGGAUUGCUUUGAUGAGCUGCACAAGUUUUUUGAGUAUGGGAAGGAAGAUCUGUUGAGGAAAGAGGCUCCAGUAGUGAAGGUGAGAUGCAAGGCAGGCUAUGAUGGCUGGGAGACCCUCAUCUGCCAGGCCUAUGGCUUCUACCCCAAGGAGAUCAAUGUCACCUGGAGGAAGGAUGGGGAAAUCUGGGAGCAGGACACAUUUCAUGGAGUUGUCAGCCCCAACUCAGAUGCAACAUAUUAUACUUGGCUGAGCAUCCAGAUUGACCCCAAGGACAGGGACCACUUCCAGUGCCACGUGGAUCACGACAGCCUGCCGGAGCCUCUAGUCUUUGCCUGUGAGGAAUCUGAAAAAUCUCCAGGUGGCUACAUUGCCGGCACCAGGACAAAAACACAGGCCUGA